AUGGACCAGUACGAGAAGACGGAGAAGAUCGGGGAGGGCACGUACGGGGUGGUGUACAAGGGCAAGGACCGCCACACCAACGAGACGAUCGCGCUCAAGAAGAUCCGCCUCGAGCAGGAGGACGAGGGCGUCCCUUCCACCGCCAUCCGCGAGAUCUCCCUCCUCAAGGAGAUGCAGCACCGUAACAUCGUCAGGCUGCAGGACGUCGUGCACAACGACAAGUGCAUCUACCUCGUCUUCGAGUACCUGGACCUCGACCUCAAGAAGCACAUGGACUCCUCCGCCGACUUCAAGAACCACCGCAUAGUCAAAUCCUACCUCUACCAGAUUCUGCGGGGCAUCGCCUACUGCCACUCCCACCGCGUGCUCCACCGCGACCUCAAGCCGCAGAACCUGCUGCUUGAUCGCCGCAACAACAUCUUGAAGCUCGCCGACUUUGGAUUGGCGAGGGCGUUCGGCAUCCCUGUCCGGACUUUCACUCAUGAGGUGGUGACACUUUGGUAUAGAGCACCUGAAAUUCUUCUUGGUGCAAGGCAUUAUUCCACCCCUGUUGACGUGUGGUCAGUUGGUUGCAUUUUCGCUGAAAUGGUGAACCAGAAGCCACUUUUUCCUGGUGAUUCUGAGAUUGAUGAGCUGUUUAAGAUUUUCAGAAUUUUGGGUACUCCAACUGAAGAAACAUGGCCAGGCGUUGCCUCAUUACCUGAUUACAAGUCAACUUUCCCAAAGUGGCCAUCUGUGGAUCUUGCAACAGUGGUCCCAACACUUGAACCGGCAGGAAUCGAUCUUCUAUCUAAGAUGCUGCGGCUAGAUCCCAGCAAGAGAAUCAACGCCCGUGCCGCCCUCGAGCACGAGUACUUCAGGGACCUCGAGCACGCCUACUAG